CUCGGGCCGAGCAGCUCUCUUCCCAGCCAGCAGCGACCUCCUUCCCUCCCGCCCGCCCUCCCUCCCUCCCUUCAAGAUGGCCCGCUUGUCCGACAGCGGCAACAAGGACAAAGACGGCUACGUGGGCCUGCAGGAGGCCGACGUGGCCCUGACGCCGGCAUCGGCUGUGUCCAAGCCGUACCAGGUCAAGUCGCCGCUGCUGCGCGAGUGCAUGGCCGAGUUCAUCGGCACCAUGGUGCUCAUCAUGUUCGGCGACGGCGUCGUGGCCCAGGUGGUGCUCAGCGAGAGCACCAAGGGCGAGUACAUCAACAUCAACUUGUGCUGGGGCCUCGGAGUUCUCUUCGGCAUCCACGCAUCGGGCGGUGUUUCGGGUGCACACCUGAACCCGGCCGUCACUACGACGCUCGCUCUCUUCGGCCGCUUCGAGUGGCGUAAAGUGAUCCCGUACAUCAUCGCGCAGGUGUUGGGUGCGUUCGUGGCGGCCUUCAUCGUCUGGGCCGUCUACUACCCCAUGUUCAACACCAUCGACCCGAACAAGGAGACCACGCAGGGUGUCUUCUCCACGUACCCGUACAGUGAUGACGUCCCGGUCGGCACCUGCUUCCUCACUGAGGUGGUGGGCACUGCAUUGCUGCUGGGUGGUAUCUUCGCUCUGGGUGACGAGCUCAACAAGCCGGCCAGCCCGUACACGCAGCCGAGCGCUGUGGCCCUGCUGGUUGUGGCCAUCGGUAUGGCGUUCGGCAUGAACUCGGGCUACGCCAUCAACCCGGCCCGUGACUUCGGCCCGCGGUUGUUCUCGCUCUGUGCUGGCUGGGGCUCGCGCGUGUUCACCCUGCGGGACCACUACUUCUGGGUCCCGAUCGUUGGCCCGCUGCUCGGAGGUGCCAUCGGUGGCGGCGUGUACGUUGGCCUGGUCGAGCACCACCACCCGCGCGACUACAAGCACCCGCUCGACAACUAGAGAAGGUGUUUGGAUCGAUGGAGCAGUGUGUCGUAAGUUAGAGACGGCAAGGCUGGCCCAUCGUCAUGGUUAUGGUAGCGUCCAAGUAGCCGUGAUGCAUAAUGUCUUCCUCUAUAAACUUUUGUUUCCUC